AUGUAUACGGCCGGCCUGGCUCCCUUCUACGCCUCCAACUUCAGCCUCUGGUCAGCGGCGUAUUGCUCGGCGGCGGGGCCGGCGGCCGGCGGCUGCUUCCCUCUGGAGGCGGCCAAGAAACCGUCCUUCUGCAUCGCCGACAUCCUGCACGCCGGCGGAGAGGCGGCGGCCGGACCCGCCGAUGCAGCGCCCGGGCUGCCAGCGGCCGCCGCAGCCGCGCUCGGCUCCAUCCUCCCCGGCGGUCCCUUCCACGCCGCCGCCUCCCCGCUGCGGCCGACGCCCGUCGUGGCCCCCGACGCCCCCUCCGGGGCCGCCGCCGCGUUCCCUCCUCGCCUCUCGCCGCUCUCCGCCGCCUUCCACCCUCCGCACCACCACCGCGCCCCGCAGCACCGCAACCCCUCGGCGGCGGCGGCGGCGGCUGCACCGGGCGGAGGAGGGGGAACCCCGGCGCGGGGACCCGGGGGCCACACGGGCGGCACGGCGCCGGCGCCCGCCAGCAAGGACCUGAAAUUCGGCAUCGACCGCAUUUUGUCGGCGGAGUUUGACCCCAAAGUGAAGGAAGGCAACACGUUGAGAGAUCUCACCUCGCUAUUAAGUACCAGCCGCCAGGCCGGGGUUCACCUCCCCGCCUUGCAGCCGUCCGCCGGCCAGUUCUUCGCGUCUCUAGAGCCCAUUAACGAGGCCUCUGCCCUUCUGGGGCCCCUAAACACAGCCCCAAGGAGCUCAGUUCAGCACCAGUUUCAGGACACUUUUCCAGGGCCGUACGCGGUGCUGACCAAGGACACGCUGCCUCAGACCUACAAGAGAAAGCGCUCGUGGUCCAGGGCCGUUUUUUCCAACCUGCAGAGGAAAGGGUUGGAGAAGCGCUUCGAAAUCCAGAAGUACGUCACCAAGCCGGACCGCAAGCAGCUGGCCGCGAUGCUGGGGCUCACGGACGCCCAGGUGAAGGUGUGGUUCCAGAACCGCCGGAUGAAGUGGCGGCACUCCAAGGAGGCCCAGGCCCAGAAGGACAAGGAGCCACCGCCCGAGCCCGAGCCCGCGGCCCCCAGGGCCGGCCCGCCGCCCGCCGCCUCGGGGGAGCCCGAACGCAGCCCCAGUCGCUCCGACGGCGACGGCGACAGCGACAGCAGCGACCCCGACUCGCUCGACAUGGCCCCCAGCGACACGGAAAGGACUGAGGGCGCCGAGCAGAGCCAGCUCCAAGCCGGGAGCUGCAGGCCUUCCGCCAGCCCCGGCCUCCCCUCCCCGCCUCCCGCCGCAGCCAGCCCCGAGGGGCUAUAG